AUGGCUCCCUCAGCGGCGCUGGUGGAGCUGCUCGCGGGCUGCCCCGUGGCCGCUGGCGCCUUCGGCGCUGCCGCCGCGGCGGUCCAGGCGGGAGGCACGGCGAAGCACCUUGCCGCCCUCGUCGCCGCCGCGGCGCGCGGAGCGGUGCAGGCAGGGAGCUGCACGACCGCGGUGGAGCUGGACGACGGCGCCAGCGGCGCGUGCACGCUCCUCAAGGACAUGGAGGAGGUCCUCCUGGCAGUGGGCAAGGCUGCAGGCCGCAGCGACAAGCCUGGCAUCUCUGAGGCCAAGCGCUUGCUGCGGGAUCGCGGGCCGCCGGGGGCCCGCCUGGCUGCUCGGCUCGGCCUGCUGAGCAGGGCCAGGAACGUGGCCGGACACCCCGGCGUCGCCCUGGCCGCGGACAUCCUGGGCGUCUUCGAGGCUACGCGCGGCAGCGACGGCGGGGAUGGCUCCUCCUCGGAUGGAUGCGGCGCCCCCCCUUCGGGAUCGGAGGAGGAGCAAGGACCGAAGUGCGUCCAGGCCCUCGGAGCCGAUGCGGGGCCCGAAGGGGUCAUAGGUGCUGGCUCGGGACUGGCUGCGAAGCGCGGCGAGCAGGAGGGCGGGCCCAAGGAGUGCGACGCUGAGCAGCACGACUGUGUCGAGCAGCGGGACGGAGUGUGCGGAAGGAUGGGCGAGCAGGGCUCGGCCGAGUUCUUCGACAUCGGGAGCGUAGGCGAUCCCUCCGAGGGCCUGCCUUUCGUCGAGGAGCCCGAGGUCGAGUCCCAGGAGGGCGCGAAGUCCGUGGAGGUCGACCUGGCGGCGCACGGCGCGAAGGCCUCGCAGGGAGUGGUAGAUUCGACCGUGGGCGCAGUGCAGGCUCAGGCGGGGACCGAGGCGCUCGGCGCCGCCAUGCUGGCGAGAGUUGCCUUCCAGCGCGGCGACAUCACCGAGGGCCUUCGGCUGCUGGAGGCGGCACAGGCGAAGCACCUGGAGAGCGUGCCCAGGCGCCCUGGCGAGUGCUCGGGGUGA